UUUACACGAACGGCACCGGUAACGGAGAAAAGGAACUCUCCUCCGGCGGAAACGCUCCAUGCAUAUCCAUGGCGCUCCCCGGUCUCGCGUCGAGCUUCCGGCCGUCGUCCCCUCCUCUUUCCUUUCACGUACUCCCCUCUUCCUCAUCUUCUUCUUCUUCUUCUUCUUCCCCAGCUCUACUGCUUCUGUCUAGCCGUAGAGUGAGCCGGUUCCGCAAAACAUUCGUAGCCUCUAAUGGCGGCACCAAUGGGAAGCGGCUUCUUCUUGGUCGGGCCGCGUCCACCAAGGCGCAGCAGUGUGAAGAGGAAUGCGGCGGUUCUGAUUCACAGUUCGUUGAAGUGAUUGCCAUCGGGAGCAGAAAGGACGCUGUGCUCGAUUUCUGCGUGGAUUCUCCUUUCUCAUCCAAGAACUCCAUCCGCUACUGGAACUUUAUGAUGAAAGAUUCAACAAAGGUGCAUCUACAGCAAAGGUUUCUAAAUAAAGAGGAUGCCACUCCCAGUACGAUGGAAGCCAUGCUGUUUCCACAGUCUCAGCCGAAGGCGACAAUACUUAUUGCUAGUGCUGGAUAUGGUUUGGAUCACACCAGAGCGAUUGAAAUUCUUAAGUCGAUAAGAUCUGUGAAUGGAUAUGCUGUUGCUAUAAUUUUGAGGCCUUUCAGCUUUGAAGGACAGAGGCGAAAAGAUGAGGUCAAUCAUUUGGUUGGAACACUAAAGGAGCAUACAAAUUUUUGCAUCGAUAUCAAUACGGACAUGCUGCUUAAGAAAGAUGUGGUUACUCUAGAUGGGGCUCUAAAGACUGCAAAUGAUGCUGUUUUAUUGGCAAUAAAUGCCAUUUCUGUCCUAGCAGCUGAUUCUCACAAAACUUAUUUAGCUGUCUCACGAAGCAAGAUGAGGGAACUUAACGUCGCGGAAGGUUUUGAAGUUCUAAAAUGCUAUAAAGAAGCAAAGAUUGGAUUUGGAACUGGUUAUAACAUCAGAACAUCAAUUAUUCAAGCCAUAUAUCAAUGCCCUUUUCUUAGUUAUGGAGUUAAGGAUUUGAAUGGAGUAGUAUUAUGCCUGCUUGCUAGUUCAGAUGUGAAUGAAAGCGUCAAUUCACAUGCCUUUCUGGAUAAUUUCCGUCAAGUAACAGGAUAUGAAGGGGAAGUUGUUCUUUCUAUAACUCAUGAGCCUAAUUUGGAGGCCAACAUGCUGGUGACAACUGUUAUUACUCUGGGUUCUGCUAGACCUCAGAAUCCUCAAAAGAACAACUUGUUGUCUAGACUGGCCCAACAUUUCCCAUUUGUGUUCAAUCUUUUAAGAAAUCAGAGAGAAUCAAAUAGUAGUCAAGCAGAAGAUUCACCUGGAAGUGCAAGCAUGGAGGACAUGCACUCGAUGGACUUUAAUGAAGAUGAAAUGCAGGUAGGCAGGAUAAGAGAAGGUUCCGACAUCAAUCAUGAGGAAAUGCAUGCCUUUUCCAAAGGAAACCCGAAUGAAAUCCUUGUGUCAAGUCACAGCGAAUCCGAGCAAAUCAAUGAAGGAGAAUUGGAGGGUGAUUUUGAAACAAGCGUCUUUGAUGGACAAGUUCCUGAAGUAACUCCUGCUUUUCAAAGAGAGCCAUUGAACACUUGGAGCUUUGGGCCGGGUUACGUGGCUGCUCAGGAAUGGGCUAAAGAAAGGGCAGAAAAUGCUGCAGCUUCAUCAAUUCUCAAUAACCUAAGCAUCUUUCACCUUCCUGUGGGUGUGAGACCUUCCGGAGAGUUGCAAUAUUCUCUGAACAUUUCAAAUGCUGAUAAACAUGUCAAAGAAGAGAUGGAGAACAAUAGCGUAGCACAGACACUUGCUGAUUCAAGGAUUCCUUCUAGGAGUGAUUUGACCGAUGUGGGUUUUGGAGCAGUAAAGGACUUCUAUGAUGCAGCAUCUAGCGUAUUAAAGAGAAAAGAAGCUGACAUUCCUAAGAAGCAGGGAGUUCUUUCUGUUCGUGCAGCAUCGAUGUUGGAAGCUGAACGGGAUUCGCCAAAAAAAUGGAAUCCUAUCGUUGAGAUGCAAUAUAGAGGUGGCUUUUAUAGAGGGCGAUGCCAAGGUGGUCUUCCUGAGGGGAAGGGUCGCUUAGUUCUUGGUGAUGGAAGCGUAUAUGAUGGAAUGUGGCGUUAUGGUAAGAGGUCAGGAUCUGGUACCUUUUACUUCAGCAAUGGCGAUGUUUUCCAGGGAUCAUGGAGGGAUGAUGUCAUGCACGGAAAGGGCUGGUUUUAUUUCCACACGGGUGAUCGUUGGUUUGCAAACUUUUGGAAGGGAAAGGCAAAUGGUGAAGGUCGAUUCUAUACAAAGUCGGGUGAGGUUUUCUUCGGUCAGUUUAAAGAUGGGUGGCGCCAUGGUCAAUUCCUAUGUAUCGAGGUUGACGGACAGAGGCAUGUUGAGACCUGGGAUGAAGGUGUUCUUAUCAGCUGUCAGCAACUCGGCUCUAAUUCAUAAUGCUCGUGUCCACUCAUUGGUAGUAUCAUCUCCCCAUCUUUGUCUCAAUAGGAGAUUAACCCAAAAGGCAAAUGAUGGACGCAGCGAGGUUUUUGGCCCCUGCUGUUAAUUUUUGCCGAAAUCAUCAUCUGGGUAUUUGUUUAGUGUGUUAAAAGCAAGACGCUUGGUUGUUGCCUUGUAUAAUUCCAACUUCUCGGGAGAAGCAGCCUUUAGCUCGUCAAGUUUGAGGAAGAAGCUGCGAUUCCUUUGCUGACCCAGAAGAUCAAAUUGUUAAUAUAUGGGUAUUUAUUGGCUACACUGUAUAUAGAGAUUGCUGUAUUUCUCAAUCCCCAUGAUUUAUAGGUUGGAGGAGAACCUGAUGGAGGUAGAGACUGUUCUUUUCACCCGGUUCGAACCGUUCUUGGAUAAUUCAUCUCAUUCAUUUACGUGCAAUUUGCUUCAGUUGUAAAUAAUUAUGAAGUUUAAAAUGUUUCUGCCGAAUAGGUGGUUGGUUGCUCA